UGACGUAACGCGAACGCUUUCGUUAGUUUCCUCAACCAAACACUGUCUCUACUGAUAUUAUUGUGUGAUAAAAACUGGAAAGCAGCCGGUGGAAAGGGAGCUGUUUGUUCAGACAAAGACCAGCCAAACACAGCGGGGUUCCCCCCUUUGUGAAGCAAAACGAGUUGCUGCUUCUGCAAUGGAACUUGUUUUAUAGAGGGGAAGGAGACGACAAUUUUUUUUUCCCUUAACAAAAGCACUUUUUAAACCCAAGAAAAGCUCGUUUUUAGUCUUCUAGCCAUUGCUGUCGGAAGGAAGGCGGGGAAUACAAAGAGACGCCUGCUAAAACCCUCAGAAAUUUGGACUCACUCAAGCAAAAACGGGAUUAUUACGAAGCUAGGUCGUGCUGCUGUGACUGGUCAGCGAUAGUACAUGGAUUAUCUGUGUUUUCGGGCACUGUGCUGUAAAGGACCCCCACCACCUAGACCAGAAUAUGAUGUGGUGUGCAUCGGCCUGACAGGAGCUGGGAAGACCAGCCUGCUCUCACGGCUCUGCGGUGAGAGCACUGACAACAUCGUUCCUACAACAGGUUUCAGCAUCAAGGCAGUGCCAUUUCCAAAUGCCAUCUUAAAUGUAAAAGAACUUGGAGGAGCUGACAACAUCAAGAAAUAUUGGAGUCGUUACUACCAGGGGUCACAGGGUGUAAUCUUCGUACUGGAUAGCGCAUCAUCAGACGAGGACCUUGAGGCAGCGCGGAAUGAGCUCCAUUCGGCUCUGCAGCACCCUCAGCUCUGCACGCUGCCAUUCCUCAUCCUCGCCAAUCACCAGGACAAGCCUGCAGCAAGAGCGCCAAAUCAGAUAAAGAAAUACUUUGAGCUGGAGCCGCUGGCGAGAGGAAAGCGAUGGAUCCUGGAGGGCUGCACUGUUGACAACAUGGAGUCAAUGAAGGAGAGUUUUGGUCAGCUCAUCAGCCUGCUGGAGGACAAGGAAACGGAGCCGGCGAGGAUAUGAUGUUAACGCAGGUCAGCGGCUGCCAACCGCCACGUCCUGCUGGUGCCCACGUCCACACACCUGAGCAAGCGCAGACACAAACACACAGGAAAACGCAACAGAUGUCGGCCACUCUUUGUGAUGAAUAUUGUAUGUUGUCCUCCCUCCGCCGCGGUCUCAGUUUUCACAUCGGAAUAGUGAACCGGGGCAUCAGUCGAGCCCCGGCAGACUGACAGAAGAGAGCCACCCUUAGAGCCACCCAGGCUCAGAGAAAAGUCCCUGAAGCCUGCCAACAAUGGAAACCUUGUUUACUACUGUUUGUGCCAUUGUUAUGUGAUCAAAGGCAUUUAGGACACUUAGAAAGUCUGUAGUCAGCAUUAAACACUAACACACACUCUGAAGCACACGCCCACAUGCACACAGAGACAUGAAACUAAGUGGAGCCCAGAUUGAUAUGUUUAGCAUCUCCACUAAUUGCUUUGCAAGAUGUUUGAGAGCGCACAGUUGAUGUUCUUUUCCACUGAGAAGUACUGUAUGCUGUAAAGUCUGCUUCUCCCUUUGACUCUUCAACAACACAUUGUUGUUGUGUGAACGGAGUGCAUAGCCUAAAGCCCUGUGUUCUGUACGGUAGUUACCUGUAAUCCGAGUAGUGUAGUCUGAGUAUCUCAUGGAGUAUUAUGUAGAUGCAAACAAACAAUUUACAGUGUAACCGCACACAAGUACAAACUACUAACCGAGUGACUGAAAGCAGCGCUGGGAGGAAGUCUGAGGGCUUUUAUAAAUGUGCGAUUUAGGUUAUAUUUUAUAGCUUAUGUAUGUUAAUCUCGUAAAGCAGAAUUCUGAUUUGUUUUUUAAAUGUCUGUAUGUCUCAAAUCAAAGACCAAAAACAAAAAAGAAAGAAAGAAAAAAGUUGAUUGACUGACCUGGUUAUAGCCACAACGUGGAGCAAUGUCAUGAAUUAUGUGUCUUUAUAGUGUUGACCAAUGUCAGAUUUGUUUUUAUUUUAUUUGUACUGUGUCUUCUUUCCUUUUUCUUUUGGACAUAACCUCUCAACACUAGCUGGUGACUGGAGUUUCUCAUCAUGCCCCAAUACAAACUAUCAAUCAGCUGCAGCAACAGCUGCAUCUGACAAGUCCCUGUCCGACACCCUAAUGCCUUCCAACUGUCUGGAGACUCCCCUCCUCCCCCCUGACCCCCGUCUGCUGUUUAUCGCGCAUACACCCCCCACCUCGUCCCGAGCAGCUCUAACCUGACUCUGCUCAACAUUCCCGUUGCCUCUCGAUGAGCUUUUUUAUCUCAGAUGUCAUUUCAAGUGAACGGCGUAUCAUUUAGGAAGAGUCGCCUUCAUUGUGCCACGAGUGUUGGGUUAUCUCCAAGAAUAAUGAUAAAAAAAAAUCAGCAGGUUGUUUAGUCGUCAUGUUUUUUGUUUUUGUUUGUUUUCUGGGGUUUUUUUUUUUUUUUUUUAGAAUUUUGAUUCCUUUUUUGUACCUGAAUGGAGAACUGAGUGAAAUUGUUUGCUUCAAUGCAAAUAUGAAUUUCUUAACCAAGGAUUAAACCAGAGUCAGACUUCUCACGUCGUCUGCUCAGAAAAAUCACAAAUAUGGGCAUUCAGCUGUGCAUCAUGUCCAAGGUUGAAAUUAAACUUUUAAAAUUGAAAACAAA